UGAAAGAGUAAUUGUGGGUUUGUGAGUGGUUCAUAAAUAUUAAUUUGGAUUUUAAAGAAUUUAAAAUGAAACUGACGGAAUUCUGAAGUUGAAUUUAAUUUUUAAACGUAGACUGAAAUGGCCUUUAACAAGUCAAAAAAACCGCCAAAUGCAGCCAAAAUCGCUGAUAACCUCAACGAUUUAUGUAAAAAACUAAAUAAUGCAAUUCUACGUAAAAAAGACUUGAAAUCCUCGAAGUUUGUGGAGAUUUAUAAUAAAUGUUGUUUACUGAGAUCGCAGCUGGAGGAUUUGGCGCCUAGUUUGCUUGACUCUGGAAACUCGAAACUCUUUAGUAAAAUCGCUGAUAUUUCCCAUACGUCCAGUAAAAUCCUCUCAAACUUUGAGUCCAUUAAUCAAAAUUACAAUAACGCCAUCACACUGCCGCCGUCAGUCGGAUACAACAGCACUGUUAACAGGGGGAGCAGUGUUACAAUUGAUGACAGAGUUACGUACAUGGAUAAUUUUGACGAAUUUAAUAAUGAACAGGUCACUGAUGAUUUUAAUCCCUUUGGGAGUAGUUCCGUAGACACACCAAACACCGUUGACACUCUCAACAGAGUUGGUAAUACUGUUGACACUCUCAACAGAGUUAGUAAUACUGUUGACACUUUCAACAGAGUUGGUAAUAGUCUGAAUGGAAGUGUCAGGAAUAGUUUAGAGGACGCUUCAGACUUUGAAAACUGGGCUAAUUUUGAUAAUUUUACGCCCACAAAUCAUGUUAACGACGUACAUAAAGAUAAUUAUCCCAAUUUGAAGUAUAAAGACUCCAAAAGCCUUUCUAAAUCUGAAUCCUUAUCCAGCCAAUUCACCAAACUUAAAUCUAAAACCCUUAAACUUGAUUCUAUCCCCGUUAAACUUGAUUCUAUUCCUAGGAAAAUUGAUUCUAUAGCACAGAAAAUUGAUUCUGUUCCUGAUGAACCCAGGGAAACUGUUAAACAGAUUGUAACACAGAAACGUGAAAAAUUAGAGAAAGUUGAAAAAACUCCCAAAUCUGAGAGAAUUAAGCCUGAAAAAUCGUCUAAACCUGAAAAAUCGCCUAAAUCCGUUAAAUCCGUUGAAUCUGAAAAAUCCGAUAAAUCAGUUUUAUCCGAUAAAAAAUUGAUAGAACUGGAAAUCGAGCGAGAGCAACUGAAACUACAGCAGCUAAAGUUAAAAUGUCAAUUACAGUCAAACAGAGAACAUAAACCCUUGGAACUUACUGCUGGACAUUCACACUGCAGUCCCAGUCACACUACGCAGAGUGACUCUACAGAGUUGGUACACCCGCACAGUGGCCUUAUGGUGGGGUAUAAACAGAAUGUGAUGGAUUUGUUGACAGAGUUAAUGAUUGGAAAUGACAUAGAGCCGCUGUGGCGUGUAGAAAAUGAUGGAGGACUGAGUAAUUACCUGGGCGACUACGCUAGAAAUGGGAAGAAUAUUAUUAAAACUAACAAGUUCUCGCUAGAAUUUAAUACUAACCAGCUGAAUAUGGAGACUUUUACACUCAACCUGAGAAUCAUACUACAGAUUUACAUUAACAUUUCGUCCAUACAACUGGUGUAUCAUACUGGAACUGGGGAUAACUCCAUAGGAAAUAAUACCCAUAGGGAUAAUUCCCCGAGAGAUAACUCUGUGAGGGAUAACACCCCUGGGAAUGAUACUGUAGUGGGAAACUCUGUAGUAAUAUUGAGUGAGGACAACUGUGUGAAUAAGAGUGUGGAGAGAAACAUGAAUAUAGAACUGAUGGAUUUGUGUGAGUUCCCGAGAUUGAUGUUAAAGUGUGUGGAGAAUGACGGGAACAUUAACAGUUUAGAGUUGAAGUUGCCUAUAGGAAUUUUCCAGUGUGUGCUCCCGCUGGAGUAUACAAUCCAGAAAUUCAAUAAUCUCUGGAAUUUAAUAAAUAAUAAUAAAAUUAGAAUAUUUCUAUCCAAGCUUUACGUUAACGUGAAUGAGAUUAUUAAUAUCCUCCAGGUCUACUUUAGCAUCAAAUUUGUCAACGGGGUAAUUUUACUGAGCGGAUAUGGCAAUGAAAUUAUACUGGGAAAUGUGAUAAUCAAGAACAACAGUUUAAUAGUGGUACAGCUAAAGUCUAAAUCAGAAUUGCUGAUAAAUUCAGUGAUGGAAAUUUUAAAGGAGAUGUUUAGCACCUUGAAUAAUAAAUACGAUUGCAAUAUUUACCAGUACGUUUUAAAACGGGUUAAACAACUCCCACUCAAGUACCAGUCCAACAUUAAAUACACCAACGCCAUUAAACACUAUUAAUUUUAUGCUCAUUUAUACAU